UCGUCUUUGUCGUGAGCUUUUGAUUUCCCAUAUCCACGGGCAACACCAGUCCACACAUGACGCGAACCCCCACAGUUCUCCAACACCGACGCAACACCCGCGUUCCGAGUCCGCCUUCCCGCUCCGAGCGCCAAGAGAAUGGGCCAUUUCUCGGAGCCACAUAUAUGCCAGUGCUUGAGCCGCAUAGCCACCGCGAGGCGGGCUUCCGCGGUCACCGUCGCCGGCGGCCGCCAAAUGACCGGACCCCAGUUCGUAGAAGCCGUUUUAAGGCUUGCUCAUGCUCUGCUUCGGCUUGGCCUGAAGCCCGGUGACGUCGUCGCAAUCUCUGCAUAUAACAGUGACUGCUACUUGGAGUGGUUACUUGCUGUUGCAUUCGUUGGAGGGAUCGUUGCUCCUCUAAACUACAGAUGGAGUGCAAAUGAAGCUAGAUCGGCCAUGUUAGCUGUAAACCCUGUGAUGUUGGUAACAGAUACGAGUUGUAUCAGUUGGUAUUCUGAGCUCCACAGGGAUGGUACACCUUCUCUAAAAUGGCAUGUUUUCUUGGACUCUCUUUCUUUGCCAUUUCCAAGAAAUGGGAAAUGCCUUUCUUUUCAUGUGCUAGUUUCAACUAUGGGCAUGCUGGAUCUGCAUAUGAUAACUCCUCCAAGUCCCUUUUCAACUGCUGACUACGUUUGGGCUCGUGAUGGUGCCGUUAUAAUAUGCUUCACCUCUGGUACUACUGGGAAGCCAAAAGGAGUUGCCAUAGGCCAUUCAGCUUUGUUCAUACAAUCUAUGGCAAAAAUAGCCAUAUGUGGUUACAGUGAGAAUGACGUUUAUUUGCAUACUGCUCCUUUGUGCCACAUUGGUGGUCUCUCAUCAGCCAUGGCAAUGUUAAUGGCUGGAGCUUGCCAUGUCUUAAUACCCAAGUUUGAAGCUAAAUCAGCCAUUGAGGUUAUAGAGAAACAGGAUGUCACCGCUUUGAUCACUGUUCCGGCCAUGGUCGCUGAUCUAAUAUCCUUUCUCAGGGAGAAAGGACCGUGGAAAGGAAAAGACUGCGUGAAAAAGAUAUUAAAUGGUGGCGGAAGUUUGUCAAUGGAUCUCAUCAAAGAAGCUGGCAACUUCUUCCCAAGAGCUAAGAUUCUCUCGGCAUAUGGAAUGACAGAGACUUGUUCUUCACUAACGUUCAUAACUCUGUAUAGCCCACAUUUCUCGUUUUCCUCCCAGCCCCUUCAUUUUCAUGUUGGAACAGAUCUCAGUUCCAUUCAAAGACCACGAGGCAUUUGUGUUGGCAAACCUGCUCCACAUGUUGAAUUGAGGACAGAUGGUGAUGAUUCAAUGGGCAUUGGGAAAAUUCUAACCAGAGGCCCUCAUUUGAUGAUUGGAUACUGGGAUCAAGUUCGGUCAUCAGUCUGUAACAUUCAUUCAUGGUUUGACACGGGUGAUGUUGGUUUCAUCGAUGGGCAGGGUCAGGUGUGGCUCAUUGGUCGAGAAAGUGGUCGGAUCAAGACUGGGGGAGAAAAUGUUUACCCUGAAGAGGUAGAGGCAAUACUGUUCCAACAUCCUGGAGUCGCUGGAAUCGUCAUAGUGGGAAUCCCUGAUGCACGCCUGACUGAGAUGGUUGUUGGGUGUAUUCGUGUGAAAGAGAACUGGCUUUGGUCUGAUAAAAGCCAUGAACUUGGAGCCGAAAAACAAGAAUGUCUGUUGUCUGAUGAAAUUCUUCGACAAUACUGCAGAGAUAGGAACUUAACAGGGUUUAAGAUACCAAAAAUUUUCAUUCCUUGGAAGAAGCCUUUCCCAACAACUACUACAGGAAAAAUACGAAGGGAUGUAGUUUGCCAGGAAGUUGUUUCUCAUGUUCGGUGCAUCCGAAGCAAUUUAUGACCGCUGAUAUUGUGACUUCCCAAUUGAUUGGUGAAAUAUGACAUGACUGCACUCUGGUUCUUAUCA